AUGCCGGUCGCAGCCACCAACUCUGAGACUGCCAUGCAGCAAGUCCUGGACAACUUGGGAUCCCUCCCCAACACCACGGGGGCCGCAGAACUGGACCUGAUCUUCCUCCGAGGCAUUAUGGAAAGCCCCAUAGUAAGAUCGCUGGCCAAGGCCCACGAGAGGCUGGAGGAGACGAAGCUGGAGGCCGUUCGGGACAACAACCUGGAGCUGGUGCAGGAGAUCCUGCGGGACCUGGCGCAGCUGGCGGAGCAGAGCAGCACAGCCGCCGAGCUGGCCCGCAUCCUCCAGGAGCCGCACUUCCAGUCCCUCCUGGAGACCCACGACUCUGUUGCCUCAAAGACCUAUGAGACGCCGCCCCCCAGUCCCGGCCUGGACCCCACGUUCAGCAACCAGCCGGUGCCCCCCGACGCUGUGCGCAUGGUGGGCAUCCGCAAGACCGCUGGAGAGCACCUGGGCGUGACAUUCCGCGUGGAGGGGGGCGAGCUGGUGAUCGCACGCAUCCUGCACGGGGGCAUGGUGGCCCAGCAAGGCCUGCUGCACGUGGGCGACAUCAUCAAGGAGGUGAACGGGCAGCCGGUGGGCAGCGACCCCCGGGCGCUGCAGGAGCUCCUGCGCAGCGCCAGCGGCAGCGUCAUCCUCAAGAUCCUGCCCAGCUACCAGGAGCCCCACCUGCCCCGCCAGGUGUUCGUGAAAUGCCACUUCGACUACGACCCCGCCCACGACAGCCUCAUCCCCUGCAAGGAGGCCGGCCUGCGCUUCAGGGCCGGGGACCUGCUCCAGAUCGUCAACCAGGACGACGCCAACUGGUGGCAGGCCUGCCACGUGGAAGGAGGCAGCGCCGGGCUCAUCCCCAGCCAGCUGCUGGAGGAGAAGCGCAAAGCCUUCGUCAAACGGGAUCUGGAGCUGACGCCCAACUCAGGGACCCUCUGCGGCAGCCUUUCAGGGAAGAAAAAGAAACGAAUGAUGUAUCUGACCACCAAGAAUGCAGAGUUUGACCGCCACGAGCUGCUCAUCUACGAGGAGGUGGCCCGCAUGCCGCCUUUCCGCCGGAAAACCCUGGUGCUGAUCGGGGCUCAGGGCGUGGGGCGGCGCAGCCUCAAGAACAAGCUCAUCAUGUGGGACCCGGACCGCUACGGCACCACGGUGCCCUACACAUCCAGGCGACCCAAAGACUCUGAGCGGGAAGGCCAGGGCUACAGCUUUGUGUCCCGCGCGGAGAUGGAGGCUGACAUCCGUGCCGGGCGCUACCUGGAACACGGCGAGUACGAGGGCAACCUGUACGGCACGCGGAUCGACUCCAUCCGGGGCGUAGUGGCCGCCGGCAAGGUGUGCGUGCUGGACGUCAACCCCCAGGCGGUGAAGGUGCUGAGAACAGCCGAGUUUGUCCCUUACGUCGUGUUCAUCGAGGCCCCCGACUACGAGACCCUUCGGGCCAUGAACCGGGCCGCUCUGGAGAGUGGGGUGUCUACCAAGCAGCUCACGGAGGCGGACCUGAGGCGGACCGUGGAGGAGAGCAGCCGCAUCCAGAGGGGCUACGGGCACUACUUCGACCUCAGCCUGGUCAACUGCAACCUGGAGAGGACCUUCCGCGAGCUGCAGGCCGCCAUGGAGAAGCUGCGGACGGAGCCCCAGUGGGUGCCCGUCAGCUGGGUGUACUGA